AUGUGGAAGGCCGACAACAAAGAUGCUACAAUAGUGACGGUCACCUAUGCUUGCCACUCAGCAGUUUCAUAUGUCGCUGCCUGGAAAAGUUUGCUUAGCCAGCGGAAGGAAGAUUGGUCCAGAGUGCAAGCUUAUCUAACCAAGGUUUUGAGAUGCUUCACAGCCCAAAGUGAGGCAUUGCCUCAGGCAAGGAUUUCCAUCCGCCAAGGCAUUGUAGAUUUAUGGGAGCGAUGUUUGAUGGACACAUCCUCGCAGGACUUGACCUUCAAUACAGCUGAUGGAGAAGUAACCGCUCACAGUCACGUGCUCGCUCAAGCAUCACCAGUGGUGGCUGCAAUGUUGUCAAGCCCGAUGAAAGAAGGACAAAAGUGUCUCAUUGAGGUCAAAGACGCUUCAAGUAAUAGCGUGUCGCUCUUUCUGGAGCUUUUGUACACAUGCUCAACCAAGUUGGACCCUGACUACCAGAUGGUUUUGCAAGCGUUGGACGUUGCUCAUCGUUGGCAAGUGGAAGUUGUGGUCACAAUCCUCGCAGACUUGCUCCAAGGGAUGAUCACCGAUGAGAGCUUUGUGGCGAUCGCAGAACAUUCUGUCCUGAAGGGCUUGGAGAAUCUGAAGACGGCUGCAAGACGAUUUGGAGCAGAAUCUGCUGCUGUGCAGGCUGCUUGGCAAUGA